AUGGAGGAGUCUAAUCACGGCGCCUCGGUGCCGACCUCACCCAUAGCCCAGCGUCGACAGCACACCCGGAACCUCCACAGGCACAAUUCGUCCGGGGACACGGAACAAACACCACUCCUAACCGUAACCCGAUCGCGGAGGUUACAGAGCGGCUAUGUCUCGCCGCGACAGAAUAGCGCGCAUCCUACUUUUACAAGAAACCAAAGCUACGCCGGUAAGACCUACGAACCGAACAACCUCGACCAAGUUGCUGCCCGCCUCAUCCAAGCCCUCUCCGACCGGCAGGAGUCGACAAACGAGACCAAGAGCACCGGAUACGCCGACGAACGCGUGUGGUACGAUCAGUUUACCUCGACCGACUGGGUCCACGACAACAUCGCCGACGCCCACCGAGUCAAGGCUCUCCGGAGCCGGAGAGACCUCUGGGGCCGGAUAUUUGCUACUUGGGACGCAUCUCAGGGCUGGAUCCUGAGUGCGUUGAGCGGCUUUCUGAUAGCCGUUGCUGCCUAUAUUGUCAACGUGUCGGAGUCGACCGCGUUUGACUGGAAGGAUGGGUACUGCACGAAGGGCUUCUUUAUUAGUGAGGCGAAAUGCUGCCCUCACGGCCCUUGCACGGCCUGGAGGACAUGGUCAGAGGCCCUUCGAGCCCAUCCGUUUGGGGAGCUUUGGACGGAGUUUGCCAUAUAUCUUGCUCUCGCCAUUUUCUUUUCUUGUGCGGCAUGUGCGUUGACGCUCACCACUAAAACCAUCGUUCCUUCUGCGUAUCAACUAUCGACCCUCGACGAGAACCUCGCGGCCGACAGCCCACCGAGAAUGGCCAACAGCGACGAAGUACACAGCCCUAGGCAGGUAAUUGAGGCCAAGGAAUCUCCGCCCAUGGUGUACUACUCGGCCGCCGGAAGCGGUGUUGCCGAAGUGCGCGUCAUUCUCAGUGGUUUCGUCUUGCACGGCUUCCUCGGCCUCAAGACUCUCCUUGUGAAGACGGCAGCCCUGAUCUUUGCCGUUGCAUCUGGCCUCAGCUUGGGUAAGGAAGGCCCCUAUGUUCAUAUUGCGGCUUGUGUCGGCAACAUUGCCUGCCGUCUGUUCUCAAAGUACGACCAUAACGAUGCCAAGCGCCGAGAGGUGCUCUCUGCUGCUGCCUCCGCCGGUGUUGCCGUCGCUUUCGGCGCCCCGCUCGGAGGUGUCCUCUUUGGUCUCGAGGAAGUGUCAUACUACUUCCCCGCCAAGACGCUUUUCCGAAGCUUCUUCUGCUGCAUCAUUGCGUGCCUGACGCUCAAGUUUCUAAACCCCUACGGCACACAUAAGAUUGUCAUGUUCCAGGUACGCUACUCCGUCGACUGGGAGUGGUUCGAGCUGGGCAGCUUCAUCAUGGUUGGCAUCAUCUGCGGCGCCGUGGGUGCGUUUUUCAUCAAAGCCUCCAAAUACUGGGCCAAGUCGUUUAGGAGAAUCAAGAUCAUCAAGAACUACCCCAUGCUCGAGGUGGCCCUCGUGGCCCUCGUGACGGGUCUCAUGAGCUACUGGAACGUCUUUACUCAUCUCCCCGUCGCCAAGCUGCUCCUCAAUGCCGCUGCUCCGUGCGACCCCGACGACGCGGAUAGGGACCAGCUUGGCCUCUGCCCUUCGAGGAUCGAAGAGAUCCCUCCCGUGGUGGCGAGUCUUUUCGCGGCGUUCCUCAUCAAGGGCUUCCUGACCACCAUCACUUUCGGUAUCAAGGUCCCCGCGGGUAUCUACAUGCCGUCCAUGGUCGUCGGCGGUCUGUUGGGACGGCUCAUCGGACACAUGGUGCAGUGGGUUGUCUUUCGGUUUCCCGACGUGCCCAUCUGGGCGGCGUGCGCGAGGAGCGGAGAGGGCACGUGUAUCCAGCCGGGCGUGUAUGGACUCAUCGCGGCGGGGUCGAUGAUGUGUGGUGUUACGCGGUUGUCGUUGACCCUUGCUGUUAUUCUGUUUGAGCUUACUGGAAGUCUUGAUUAUGUGUUGCCGUUUUCGCUUGCUAUUCUUGUGGCGAAGUGGACGGCCGAUGGUAUUGAGCCGAACAGUAUUUAUGAUCUACUCACAAACAUGAACUCGUACCCCUUCCUUGACAUCAAGCACAAACCCAUCUUCACAUCCGACCUCGCGACCAUCGUCCCCCGCGUCCGCCGCGAGCGCGUCAUCGACAUCACCAACUCGCCCCUCGUGCCCGCCACCGACCUCCGCUCCAAGCUGACGGUGCUGCACCGCGCCGGCGAGCUCGAUGGCGGCUUGCCCAUCCUGAGGAACGACGUUCUUGUGGGCCUCAUCCCCGCGCCGGAUCUCGAGUACGCUUUGGACAACUUGCCGGAUGAGGAGACGAGUUUGUGUCUGAUGGCGAAUGUGCCGAGGAUUGAUGAGGAUGAUGGGGAGGUUGAUCCGACCGACUUUACGCCUUACAUUGAUCCGGCUCCUGUUGCGCUGGAUAUUCACAGUCCGAUGGACUUGGUAUAUGAGUGUUUCUCAAAGUUGGGGUUGCGGUAUAUAUGCGUACUCCGGGAUGGCAAGUACGCGGGAAUGACCCACAAGAAAUCUUUUGUCAAGUAUAUGAGAGAGCUUCUCCAAGAGCAACAUGGGGGAAGUUAA